AGGCUGUUUACCAGAAGCGCAUAACAAGAGCAGGCCUGACUGCCAGGCUGGGAACGGGAGGCAGAGCCGCCGCCUAGGGGGACCCCGGCUGGACUCUGGUUGGUCAGUCACCUGCAGGACGAAGGAGGUGAGGAUGCUGUUGGCCUGGGUGCGAACAAUCCUCGUCAGCAACAUGCUCCUGGCAGAAGCCUAUGGAGCUGGAGGCUGCUUCUGGGAUAACGGCCACCUGUACCGGGCGGAUCAGCCCUCCCCCGCGCCAGGCCACCGCUGCCUCAACUGGCUGGACGCGCAGAGCGGCCUGGCAUUUGCCCCAGAGUCGGGCGCCGGCAACCACAGCUACUGCCGGAACCCGGACCAGGACCCGCGCGGGCCCUGGUGCUACGUCAGCCGCGAGGCUGGAGCUCCCGAGAAGCGACCUUGCGAGGACCUGCGCUGCCCAGAUACCACUUCCCAGGGCCUGCCAGCCUCCACAACAGGAACUGAGGAGGCUGCUGAAGUGCCAGGAGGAGAUGAGGUGUUUGCUCCUGCCAACGCCCUGCCUGCCCGGAGCGAGGCUGCAGCCGUGCAGCCAGUGAUUGGGAUCAGCCAGCGGGUGCGGGUGAACUCCAAGGAGAAGAAGGACCUGGGAACCCUGGGCUACGUGCUGGGCAUCACUAUGAUGGUGAUCAUCAUCGUUAUUGGAGCUGGAAUCGUCCUUGGCUACACCUACAAGAGGGGCAAGGACCUGAAAGCCCAGCACGAGCAGAAAGUGUGCGAGCGGGAGCUGCAGCGGAUCACCCUGCCCUUGUCUGCCUUCACCAACCCCACCUGUGAGAUCGUGGAUGAGAAGACCAUUGUCGUUCACGCCAGCCAGACUCCAGUCGACCUUCAGGAGGGCAGUGCCCCCCUCAUGGGCCAGGCGGGCACUCCAGGUGCCUGAGCCCCCCCACGAUGGGCAGGAGCCCAUUGCAGACACUGGUGCAGGACCACCUACCCCCCCCCCCUACAGCUGGGAGGAUCUACACUUUCUGUUGUGGUUGAAACCCCCCACUUUUUCUGUUUGAACCCAAAGACAGGAGCAGGUGGCACUGUGGGCUGAGCGAGGCUGGGUAGGGUCCUGCCAAGGCUCUCUCUCCAUGCCAUGGAGCAGGGUUUUGCCCACGGAUAGGGACAGCAGCAGCCCCCGCAGCAGCGCUGUGACAGGGGCUUCCUGUGUCCCGGAACCAAAGCAGGGACGGACAGGGGGCUUCCCCAGCUCCCCUGUGCUUCAUUGUGCAAGGUGGCCUCAGCCUCAGCCUCCCCACAUGCUCGCUGUGGGUCUGAGUGGUGUGCGCUGUUAUUCACAGGUCGAGAGGCGGUGUUUAGAAACGUAUUUAGUUUUUUCAGUAUUUGGGACGCAGUCCCCUCCUGACCAUUUCUAAGAAAUGGAAACGAGUCUGUACGAAAGUCAGCACUGUGGGUUGAGAAGAGGAUCUAGGCGGAGGCUGCUAGGCUGCUGGCAGUGAUGUGCCUUGAGGACUGUGGGCCGGGCCUGGGGCCCUGGGGCUCUUCCUGUUCCGAAAGGAAGGACGGCACUGAACAUUCCACUGAGGAGGAGGGCGAAGUGUCUGCAGCCGCCUCAGCUCCCAGGCGCCUGGGGCGCCCCAGACCGACGGCCUCCCUUCAGGGUGCAGAGUGACCGCUCUGCAUUCCUCAGGGCUGAGACAGCAGCCAGCUGACCUGCAGGAAUGAUGCUGUGGGCGGGGCCUCGGUGUUGGAAGGAUUCAGGACCACACCUUCUUGUGGGGAACCAGGAUGAGGGUCAUGACCCCUAACUUGUGAGACAGUCAGAGACCCACUGGAAGGGUUCUGAGGGUUCCUGACGCCUUUUGGACAGAGCGGGCCCAAAGGGAGUGACGCUCAGGUUCCAAGAGGACAGUCAGCCUCGAGGCCCUGAUGGCACACUUGGGGGCCUCAGCAGGGCUAACCUGUCCAGAGCUUCCUUCCCAAAGCCCUGUCACCGCCCUUCACGGAGGCCGGGUUUGUGGGGCCCUGUCUCUCCAGCAGGCUGUUCCCAGAAGUGACCUGCUGAGGGGAUCUAGACCUCAGGGGGGUCUGUUGUUGGUCAUGAUGCAGAAGAGAACAUUACCGGUUUCUACUUUUCUAUAAAAGCAUUUCUGUGUACCUGUUUUUAUAUACCUCAUUCUGACACCUGCAAAUAAAAGUGCAGGAAAUUGCUCUGCAUUUGACUCAACAUAAAUAAAAUUAAAAAAAAAAAAA